AUGGACCGGAUGAUCCGUCGGAGAACGGGAGCUUCAGAGGGAGACCAAGAUCACGACUAUGAAACAGCCUUGGGUCAAGGAGCAUCAGAGGGCAGAGCUCAUGCUACUCCUUCUGUUAUCCACCGAGGGGAAGCCUCACCUGGAAUGCUGCAAGCUAGCGCUCUGGGGAAUGCGGGGGAGCUACCGACAGCUCACCCGUUCUACAGUGAGAGGGCGCGAGAUGAGAUUGCGCUCAUGCGGCAGCGACCUAGCACUCUGGACGAAGACCAGGCUCGGGUGAACGCCGAGAUGGGUUUUUCUGAGGUGGCCGCGGACAAGGAAUGGUUUCCAUCCACCGGUGAGGAGGUUGGAGACCCGAAGGAGCCUGACUAUGGGAAGGCUUUUAUGGGGGCUUCUGGACCAGGAAGUUCCGCAAUGAGCGCUCCUCGUGUUGCUCGGAUUGAGCCGACGACGGGCUCAUCUCCGGGUCUGGGUGAGCGACGAGGACUGGCUGUGGAUCCUACGGAGCCGGCUCAGAAGAGCGGAAGGGAGGAUGCCGUUGGACUGGAUCUGAAGACUACUCAAGGUUCAGGGCCGAACAGUCAGGAUAUGGCGGCUGCUACCGAGGGUGGCGGUGAGGAUUAUCCAGAACUGAUACCGGCUGAGCCGGACCGCUUGGCGAGAAUGGAAUUGCUGUUGGGUCAGGUGAUUGAGGAGAACAAGAACUUGAAGCGCCAACUGCAGUCGGAAUCCCACUCCUCUUGGCAUAGUGCGAGGACACCUCAAGAGGCCCCUCCGGGCUCGGUCGUAGGUGUACAGCCGCUUGAUACGUACGAAGUGCGAGAGUUCCCAGGAUCGCUUCGGGAUCGAGUCGUAGCGGAGCUCCGGGUGAUGCUGGUGUUCGCGGUGGCCCAGGCGGCCAUGGAAGCUAAGAGCCAAGUUUUUUCUGCGUUGUGUGCCGAUGAACUGCGACAGGGCGUUGUGGAUAGUACUGAUUUCCACGAACCCCAGGAUUUGGCAACUUGGGCGUUGAGAAAGGCAGCGGCUAAGCUAGCAGGCUCCAGUGGCGAAGCUACCGAGUCACUUCUUCCUGGGAACGGGGCAUCAGUCUUUCUGGUGUACGAACGGAAAGGGGGACAAGAUCCGGGGGAGUGGGCAGAUCUGGCUCAUAAGGAGAUUGAGGCUUUUCAGAAGUUGUAUCAUCUCAGUAACUUGGAGUUCGAUCAAGGCUGCUUUGGUAAGCUGGAAGCUGCUUGGCAGGGUUGGCGUCAGGAACGUGAGCAGGCUGAGUUGAUUCAGAUCAUGUUCCUUACCGUAAGGGGUGUCCGGUUUGUGUUAGUGCGCAAGGGUCCCUUUAUUGAUGGUGUGUCCUACAGUGAGGAAGCGAGCGGUCGCGAUAAGGGCGGGGGGUACAAGUAUAUGCUUGUCGGAACCUAUGCGGUGCCAGCGAAUUUCUCUGACACCAGGGCCAAGGAUUCGCCAGAGGGUGGUAUUGGUAGUGUUCUUGAGGGCGAGCUAUCGGACGGUGACCAGCCUGAGUUGGUGGCGCAGGAGGGCCCGAAAGACGAUUCUGCUUUGUUGGAUGAGCUAUGGAAUCUGCCAGAACCUUCGCAGGCGGAGCUUAAGGCGGUAACACAUCGAGUCCGGGGUAAGCAUCCAGAAGCAGAGGACGUUCCGCGUGAGCCGGAGCGGGAGAGCAGCAUUAAGCAUUACACUUUGUUUAUGGGUGUACCGGUGCGAUCGAAGCACGCUAAAGAGAUUCUUCCCAAUGUACAAGCUAUGAUCAAUCGGCUGGAGGCGUCUGGGUUUCCGGUUCAGAGAUACCAUUGUGAUCGUGCACAGGAGCUGAAAUCGUCAGCCCUGCUCAGUUGGUUGAAGCAUCAAGGAAUUUAUACAACGUUUACGGCCGGUGAGUGCCCGGCGGGCAACAGGGAAAGUAGCCUAGUCGAAGUUGAGCCUGCCGGGUGCGGGAUCUUCUUGGCCUCUGUGGAUGGGUUUGCGGAUCCGGGGGAGUCGGGCUGUCUGGGUACAUCAGAGGAUGGGGUCCCCACGUGGAUUAAAGAUGCUCUGGCCUCUUUGGACUUCUCCGAUGAGGAUUGUGGAUUGAAGGGGAAAAGGGCUGUGGACCGGUUUAUCGGGUGCUGCCAGAUGGAAGAGCCCGAGGUGGGAAGGUACACGAUGUUCAUCAGGGGCUUCGGUAAGGCGACGGCCGAGCAUAGAGAGGAGCUGAGAGAGCUGGGUUUUCCAGUGGAUAAGGUUUGGGUUGAUGGUGCGGAUGUUUGCGCAGAACCAGGGUUAGAGGAGACCGCUGAGCAGCUACGUUCCACCGAGGUUCUAUGCGAAUGGUUGGAGGGCUGUCUUGAUGAGUGGACCUUGAAUUCUGAGGUAUCAUUGAGGGCUCUUCAAGUAGAGGUACCAUUGGCGGGUGAGUCUGUUCCUGAUAAGUUCCUGCAAACUCGUACGGUUGGUCUUGUAGAAGCAAGAUCGGAGCUAGGAUUGUGGAAGGAACCUGCCUUAGAGGAAGUGACGAGCUUGGAGACUACGAAUCAAGCUGUGGAUAGGGUUAAAGCGGCGUUAGUGGAUCAGUGGAUUGAGCAGGGGUAUACUGUGAUUCAGUUGCCUGGUAAAGCAGUUCUCACGAGAAAGAGCGGAACAGGAAAACGCCGUUUUCGGGCUGUGUGUUGUGGAAACUACCUCCCUCCAGAGAAGCUGGGUCUGUCCAAGGAUGAUGUGUACGCUUCGGGGGUUGAGGCAGUGACUUUGCGGGUGGCCCUGUGUUUCGCGUCUAUCUAUUCAACCUGGACUGGGAUUACGAUAGACAUUAAGUCAGCAUUUCUGUAUGCUCCUAUAGGUACGCGAUCUAAGGAUCAGGAAGAGCGCAUCAUUGUGAAACCUCCGGCAUUGUUGGUAGAGCUUGGAGUGCUUGAGGCCAGUGACCGAUGGCACGUGCGCAAGGCGUUGUAUGGCUUGCCAACGUCGCCUCGAGACUGGGGGGACUACCGGGAUAAGGAGUUUAGGGCGCUUACUAUCAGUUGUGAAGGGGUUACCUAUGGGUUGUUUCAAUCGAAGUCUGAUGAAUCCUUGUGGCUGGUUCAGCCUGUGGGGGAGCAGGGCAAGGGACCGAUAGCGGGAUUGUUGGUUGUGUAUGUUGAUGACUUGGCCUUCUUUGCCGCUGCGAAUCUCUGCCAAUGCUUCAUCGACCGGGUGCAGAAGAAGUGGAAAACCUCUCCUCCCAGUUGGUUCGGUGAAGAGCCGGUGACUUUCUGUGGUGCUGAGGUGACCCGGUCGGCCCGAGGUUAUCGGUUGACUCAGGUGUCCUAUCUGAAGGAGCUACUGCAUAGAUACAAUAUUGAGGGUACGGCGGCAUCGCCUAUAACGAAGUGGACUGAGCCUCUAGAGCAAGGUGUUCCGUAUUUGCAUAAAGUGGGAUCGUACUUUUCAGAUCACGGUCAGUUGGCAUUACCUCGGCAGAACAACGUCGUGGAGGUGUACUCUGAUGCUUCUCACUCGCCGUGCGGUGGACGAUCAGUGCAGUGUUGCAUUAUCGUAUGGCGUGGUUCGCCACUGGCGUGGGAGAGCGCCAGGCAAGGGUUCACAACCCUUAGCUCUGCAGAAGCGGAGCUCGUGAGCAUGAUUCAUUCUGUUCAGUUGGGUGAAUGUAUCCAACCGUUAGUGGAGGAGCUUCUUUCGGAUGACAGCGUUCUCUCACUUCUUGCCGAUAACGCCGCAGCUAUACGAUCCUUCGAAAUGGCGCCAGCUGGCUGGCGUAACCGCCACUUAAGGAUGAGGGCGCAGGCUGGCAGAGAGCGCAUCGAGAAUAAUGUUUUGCGUGUCAAUCAUCUCGCAGGCUUGCACCAGGCGGCGGACAUUGGUACGAAGCCGCUGGCUCGAUCAAGGUUGCUAUAUCUGAUGGACCUCAUCAAUGUGCGAGACCAGCCCGCCUCACCAGAAAUGAUGAAAGCAGCUCGGGUUCUAAGCCGUUCGUAUGUAACGGGUCAACUCAGGGGAAUUUCCCCGGAAGCCAUUGCGGGUUUGGCCCUGUUGUGUAUGUUACCUGGUGCUCGUGGGCAACCCAUGGGUGAUCACUCCCGGUUGGUUUCCGAUUGGGUUUAUUGGGUAGUAGCCAUGUUGGUCACGGUGGGUUGCGUUUUGGUUGGGACCUGGUUUCGCAGCUUUGUGCCUUCGGAGGAGCCGCUAGAGACUGCGAUUGUUGUUGCUGAGGGGGCUGGGAACCCAGAUAAUCCUGAUGACGAUUUCAGUCCUGAAGAAUGGGCUUCAGCUGAAGCCAAGUUGAUUGCUGCUGAGCGUUCUACGGGGCUCACGUUUGUGCAGAGGGCUAGGUUGAGGAAGCAACUGGCUAAAGGUGACUUGGUAGAUCCUCCGGUGUUUCAGCAGCGACACGGACCAUUACCGUACUGGCUUACAGGGCGCUCUGGAAGCAGUGGGGUUUGGACUGAAGUGCCAGAAAGGGGCUCAGGGUUGGUAGCCUUUUUGCUUAGGUUCGGAGCAACUCUUCUAGGGAUGAUUGGAGUGCCGCAGAUAGAGUGGGGAUGUUUGAGGAUGGUUUGUAGGAGACUUCGGAGUUUGGCUACUGUGACUCUAGCUUCCCGUGUGCCUGGGAGACUGACAAGAGAGGGCGGGACGGGAGCUGGGGAAGGAAGGUCAGCGUCUUCGAAUGUAGGAGAACCAUCUGUUCCUUCCCCGCAGCCGUUUGGGAUCCAGCAGGAGCCGGGACGGAGUUCUGAAGGGCCGUGCGACAUGUCAGCAGGACGUGAUGGGUGCCCAAGUCCUCUUGGUACCGGUGAAGUGCUGUCCAGUUCAUCAGAAGAGCAGUCUAGAUCGCCAAGUCCUCUGGGUGCCAGUGAAGUGCUGUCCAGUUCGUCAGAAGAGCAGUCUAGAUCGCCAAGUCCUCUGGGUGCCAGUGAAGUGCCUUUCAGUCCAGCAGAAGAGCAGUCUAGAUCGCCAAGUUCUCUGAGGGUUGAGCGGGAUUUGGUUCAGGGUUCUAGUCUUCAGGAAGGCCCAGUUGCAGGGACGGAUGUUCAGGUUGGGGGGAGUGCAAGUAGUCAGGACCAGUUUGAGAUGCCGAGACCCAGGGUUCAGGUAGGAGGUAGUUCUGGUAGUCAAGGGCCUGCUCCUACCCCCAACGUGCAGCAUGGUGACAGUUCCGGAAGUCACGGGAUGACAGUAGCCCCAAGCGAUGAGUUGUGUUAUGAGGAUUAUUGUGGUGAUGGGAUGCUUACAGAUCAGUUUCCGUAUGUAGGAUCUUGGUUGGUGACGCAUUAUUUAGUUCAACUGUUGUCGCAAACUGGAGAGACUAUCCUCUGGACAGUUGGUGAGAGAGCGGGAGAGUGGAGAUCUCUGCGUUGUGCAUCGGCGGGAUUGAGGUACGCGUUAGUGUUUGCCGUAGUAGAAGUUUUGAGACGCGGUCCCCAAUCUCUCUUGUACAAUGGUCCCCAGUGGGUGAUGGCUACGGAGGAGUUCAUUCUCACUGAACCACCAUUAAUUAUGAGCUCAACUUCUGGAAGGCGGCCAGCAGGUCCCAUAGGAUUGGUAGCUAGGGGGGUUGUGUUUCCUUAUGUUGAGGGUCCUCCGGGUAUGAUUGCGCAUUUCCUGUGGCGGUUGCUGAUGGAAGAAGGUUGGUUACUUUUAGAGCUGUUGGGUGAUCGAACAGGGGCUUGGAGAGCCCUUCGUGCGGUUGCCCCAGGCUUUCGAGCAGGAGCCACUUUGGCUCUGACAGUGUGGCUUCGCAAGACGCGCCAUUUUUACAUGGCGAGCGCACAGGCUACCUAUGAUGCUGCAGAUGCAUAUAUGCAAGGUAGGGAGCUUCAGUAUCCGUUCGUUGCAAGGGAUCCCGAGGAGGCGGAACAGUUGAGCUCUGGGCACGAGGAUGACGAGAGUGUUGACGAUAGGCCGUUAAGACCUAGGACCGAGGAUCCGGGUAGGGUUCGUUGGGGUCCGGUAGGGCAGGCUGUGUUGUUGGAGGACUCCUCCUCGGAAUCCGAAGGCUCGGGAAGCUCAACGACGGAGCCGUCGGUAGUCGGUGUGAGUGCUGACUCCAGUUCUGAGCAAUCUGAAGAGUGUCAGCCUGUGGAAGAGGGCACCCCCUUAGAAGGAUUGAGGGUUGGGGGUUUGCCUAGGACUUCGUACCAGGCGGCAGAAGGGAAGUUGCUUGUGUUUUACGGGGAUGAUGAGCUUGAGGUCCCUCUUCCUGGCUGGUCGCAGUCCGCUGUGCAAGGUAUUGUGACUGGUCUAGACGUUGGGGAUUGGUCAGGGCUCGAGGCUGCCGUACAGGGUUUAGGGGAGGCGGUACCUAGUGUUGAUGUAGAUGCUCCCGCUGAGCCCGAUCAGCUUGAGGCAGCUGAACCAGCCCCGGGACAGGGUUGGAUAGGGAGCUGGCUGCGGAUUGUAGUUACUCUCUGUCUGAUUUCAUGGAUUGUUUUGAGGGGCAUUCAGGGCGUUGGGGCUACCAAGGUGGAGGAGUGUGCUGUUGACCUUUUGGGACCCCGGGAUAGUCAGGCCCAGGCCCGCUCUGAUGCGAGGGAUGAUGUUGCCUUAAGCUGUGGGAGUAGUGCUUGCGAUGGGUCUAGUCUAUGGACGCUGUUUGUGAGCGCUGUGAGUGUUGGCAUCUGGGAACUCAGCAAGUCUCUGGCCUUUAAGUGUUUCAAGAGGGCACACCAACGAGCUGAUGCCGGUACGCAAACUUCGGAGCUGAAUGUAGUUCCGAUGCCUCUUGCAGAGGGCAUACCUUCCCGGGCACGCAUUCUGUACUCCUUCUGGCGUGCUGGAUAUGUGAUCCAAGCUGAGCAUUAUUCGGAGAGGAUUCAGAGGGAGUUUGAGACACUAGUUGGGGGUUGGCUGUGUAGGAAUGAGGAAGGAUUAGUGUCCCCGCAGUCUUCUUCCGAUGGGGUCCUCUCUGAAUCGUCCUCAGGAGACCAAGGCCGUCUCGAGUAA